UGAUUACUUUGGUUAUAUUUGCUUUUUUAUCUAUUCUUCAUGAUUUGUGGUUAGCUCGGCGUUUUCAUUCUUUAUAGUUUUGUAUAUAAUAAUUUUUAGGGCAGCUGGAAAACACUUUGCAUAAACGCCUGUUCUACACACAUAAAAGUGACUUUAUUUGAAAGACUGAAGCUUCUUAAAUGUUAUCAACUGUCUGUACUUUAAAUAUGAAGCUACAGCUAGCAGCCAGCUAGCAGCCAGUUAGCUUGGUGUAGCGUGAAGAGAGGAGAGAAAAGCUAACAGUCAGGGUGGUUCUCUUUAAAGUUAAUAUAAACUGUCUGCCACCAGACAGCAACUUUUAUGACAUCAAAAAUAAAUGAAUAUAUAUCAUAUUUUUUGUUGUUUAAGUGUUUCUAUCUUAUGCUAAACUGAGCUAAUUUAAGCUAGCUAGCUAACUAGCGCUGCAGCGCUACAUUUACCGUACAAUCACGAGAAUAAUAUCAAUCUUCUUACGUAACUCACGUAACUUACGUAAGGAGCAACUAAGCUAAUUUCCAUACAUUAGUUGCACACACACGAUAUUAAAAUAACAAGGUGAAAGGUUGGACGUUUUUCUGCCUGCUGUUAGAUUGGCUCAGGUUUGUAAGCCGUAACCUUCGUCUGUCACUACAGAUUUUUAGGCCCAAGUUGUUUGGAAGCCAGUGCAUUUCCACGGCUGUGUGUUUCAGGAUGUUGUCUGUGUCUGAGCCCAGUCGUGUGGGUUUCUUUCUCCAGUGACCUCUCUGUAUUCUGCACCAGUCACAUCAUGCUUCAAUGUGGUGACCACAUUAGCGAGGUGAUUAGCAGCACCUGUCUUUUGCCAGUAGAAAAGCUUUGCUUUCCAGACAUGACAAUUCAAUCUUUGUCUCAUUAGUCUGCAGAAAGUAUCGUUUGGUAAACUCCAGGUGGGCUUGCCAUAUGCCUGUUUUUUCAGCGGAGUAAAAUGGCACUUAGGCAGAGUGCCGCAGAGUUGUCCUUCUGGUGGGUUCUUUAGUUUCUUUGAAAAUUGGUUUGCGUGACCACUGGCUACACUUCCUCCUCCCUGACCAAGGCUUUUCUUGGCUAGACCAGAUGGACGACUGUUGGAAGACAAACUUCUUCCACAACAACAGAGCUCACUGCCCAACGCAGUCGGACGUCGCAGGUCUGCUGAGGGUUCUUUGAGCUUCUUACUGUCACGUUAACACUGAUCUGUUGAGCUACUAGUUCACCUUCAAGUUUAAUGCUAAUGAUGGAAGUCUUAUAGGCCAUUUGUCAUGUGAUCAAGUAGCUAAAAGUUAGUUGAAAAAGUCAUGAUAACUAUUAUAUUCAUGUCUGACACAAAGAAAUGAAGUCUUGUUGCCUAGAUAACCACUGAAUGCAUUUGCCACACAGCCAUUAAUCAGUAAAAGACUUUCUUCACUGAAUAAAGUUUGAAGGUAAAAAAAAUAUAAAGUCAUUGAAUGUCUUUAUUUAACCUUUAUUUAUACACAAAGUCUUACAAGAGAGACCUGUUCAGGCUUCAGGUUCAGAUGAAAUUUAAUGACUGUUUCAUAAAAGAGACACUGAAUCAUUUUUAUCUGCAUCUUUAAUUUCAAAAUACUAACCCGCUUUGGAAAAUGUUGUUUUCUGACAUUUGAGACGAACCAAUAAAAAAGAUCAGCAGAUAAAUUAGUAACGUAAAAAGAUGUGAAUUUACUUGGUUAUUUUAACUCUUGGGUUCGAAACAGACGUGCCUUUCAGAUUUUCAGAUCUGCGGUUUCCCCCUUUGAGUUCCAGCGGCUGCUGUAUCAGGCGGGCUGGAUUUGGCCGUGCCCAGCGGUCGUUGGUAAUUGAAUGAUUUGCAGCGGCCUUAACUCAUUUAUGACGCUUUCCUGCUCAAUUUAACCUUGCCUCGCGCAUCAAUAUUGCCCCGUUGGCCUCCUCGAAUGGACAGUGGAUGCUCAUCGAGCUGCUCGGGUCUUGUGGAGGUCGGAUCUGAGAGGUUUUUGUUUUUUUAGGAGCUUCUUCUGUUGCGUUUUUUUAAUCCCUCCGCUCGUCACUGAAACUGAUUCGUGUCGUGCGUGUAGCUGAUGUUCCACCUGCUCUCUCUUUCAGUUCCUCGAGGUGUGAUCCAAAAUGGCGCCCGUGUCAGGAGCCAGGCCCUCUUCCCUGUUAUCAGACCCUUACCUGUAAGCCCUGUGGGGAGCAGAACCUCGGCCAUAAGAUCAUCCCUGGGCGAUUAUCUAAGCCGAGGACAGGACAGCCCAUCCCGCUACUCUCCUCCGCCCUGCGGCGAGGACCUCCAGGACGACCACACUUACAGCACCGCCAAAUCCCCCAGCAGGCUGAGCUCCUCCCAGGUCACCUCCCCUUCCUCCCCCGUGGACGACGACGACAUCAUCGCCGUGGAAAUCCAAUCGGACGUCAAACCCGAGCCCCGGGAGAUCCCGCUGGACUCUCACGUCACCACUGCCGCCACCACCACUACCUACAUUUCCCAGCAGCCCCCGCGCGGACAGAGACGCAGUUUGGGGGGAGCCGGGACUCCGGCUGGGAGCAGUUUGCCCUGGACCAAAAGCCGAGCGAGAGGCAUUAGUGACACGCUGCCGCUGAAGAAGCGGCGCGCGGCGACGGUGGAGAAGCCGCCGGAGAGCGACGACGAGGAGAUGAAAGAGGCGGCGGGAUCGCUGCUCCACCUGGCGGGGGUUAGAGCCUGCCUCAACAACAUCACAAACCGCACCGCCAAGGGCCAGAAGGAGCAGAAAGAGGCCCUGAGAAACUAAGACACACACACAUAGAACAAAGCAUCGACACACACACAGACGGCUUAUAGCUCCGAGCACACACACACAGAUUUACACACACACACAACUAGGUCAACAGGUAACAUUACUACAGCAUUAGUCUCAACGGACACUUGUCAUCUCCCUCUAUCUAUCUGCAGGGCAUUAGGUGAAUCCUACUUAUUUGUGGCAAUAUCAAAAAUCUAUGUUUUCCUACAUGUUCAGCAACACUAAACAUCGAUGGGUAUUUCUCAUAUGUCUUUGUUGGUUUUUUGUUGUUUAAAAAGGGGAUGAAAGCCAUAAAAAAAGGAAAAAAACAAAAGCACGUUUUGUCACUAAUUUGGACGAGCGCAACAAAACCGAGUCACGUUGCCGGGAGGGGGAGGGCGGGAGCUGACGAUGGCUGUUUGUCUUACCUGUUUGUUUCUAUGUGAAUCUGUAGCAAUCUUGCAGUGAUAGCCGGCGGCGGCGGCGCUCGCCCAGACUCGGGUCGCCCGCCCGCCCGCCGGCGUCACUCUCCUACAUCCACGAGCACAAAUGUGAGACUGUGCCAAAGAUAAGCGACCAGGUUGCUUCAUGUAGCCGAUACGACAGCUGACGUGAAAAAAAACAAACACAAAAAAAGUUCAAAGAUGGCGUAGUAGAGCUAACGAGAGCGAGUGACCUUAAGUGUGGAAAUAAAUGUAAAACCCAAUGUGAUAUAUAUUCAUGCACUUAUUUUACGCCACUUAUAAUAAAAAGCAUCAUGGGUAAAGACAUGGUUUAUUUCAAGAGCACUCAUAGUAUUUAAGAAUAAAUAUAUUAAAAUUUAAAAAAAAAAAAAAAGGUCAUGUUUUAUCACCAUAGAGACGGAUAGUGUGCCGGGUCUGAGGCAAUAUCUCCUUCAUUUUGUUGUUGUUGUUGCAUAAUGUAAAACCUCCACCCCCUCGUACUUCUCUCCAUUAGACGACGUAGACACCUGGUAUAGAUUUCAUAGCUGCCAGUAGCUGCCACCACUCCUCCUCUUCAUUUGACAAAGAACUAUAUACAUGAACUGUGGGUUUAGGUUUCUGUUUGUGUCUGUUUACCCUCACUCUACCCUCAUAAAGAUAUAAGCAAUUUGCCCCUGUGCGGGCAACUCUGUAAAAAGGUUAGAAAAUAUUUUAUUUUUUUCCUUUUUCUUAAUUGAAGCAAUUUGACCUGCAGGACUUUCUCAGUUAUAUUGCAUGGGUGCUUGUAAAUAAGAUAAAAAGCAAAUCUUUUUUAUUCAAAGAUCAUGUAAGAUAAACGAUGUAUUUAGCAUGAAGCAUGACUUAUUUUCAUAUAAACCUUGAUCCUAGAGGAAAGAAAAAAAAAGUUUUGCCGCCAAUUCUUAUACCCGUGAUUAUAUUGGAGAUUUUUCUUUUCUUUUUUUUUAUUUCGUCUCCUUCUUUUUCUGAGCGGGCUUUCAAAGACACGUCUUCAGGGAGGAAACGUGGGAGAUCACUCUGCAAUUAGAGGCCCAAAGGACGCCACCUCUGGGCUUCGGGUUCAGGCUUAUAACGUAGGCCAGCUGAAACACCUCUUGGGGGGGUGGGGCUUACGACUUCUUCUGCCUGUACAGUGAUUUCUUUUCUUUUUUUUGAUUUAAUUGAAUUGUUUUAGGUGUUCAAUGUUAAACCCCGGUGUUAUCCCAGAACACGUCUGUGGAGUGUGUGCGUUUGUGUGCCCAGGAACACACACCCUUUAACAUCGUGCCUGCCUGCCUGCCCUCAGUACCUCUGUUGUCACGACAGAACCUGUCUUUAUUUAUAACAGUAUUGUUUUUACUUUUACUUCAGUGUGUAAACGUACGCGUGUCCUUCCUCUCCAUCGGCAUUGUUCGGUGUAAAUGUUUGAAAUCGGAAAGGGGCGCGGGAGACCUUGUAGAUGCCCUCAUAUCUCCAAGAAAAGAAAAAAAAGACAACAUGGGGAAGGGGACGUUUCUUUUCUCUGAUUUACAGACAGUAUUUUUAACCCCAGGUGCAUCAUGGCUAAAACGGGAAUGCGCGCACAAGUAUUAUCCGACCCUCGUCUGCGUAUAAAAUAAAGCCGCUUUUUAGGUGAAAACGUAGGCUGGGCUUUGGCUGUAGCAGCAGAGCCAGACGGGGGAGAGGUGGGGUGGGGGUUUGUUCGAGCUGAAGAGACGUUGAACGAUCGUCAGCGAGCCAAGCGGGAGGAAAACAAAUGCAUGCCCCCAUCCACCGGCAGUCUUUCGCCACCUGUAGCAUGCAUCACUGGCUUUGCAUUUUGUGUGGUACCCAUAAAGAGAAAAAAGAAAAAAAAAAGGGGGGGGGUAAAGGAGACACUGUUAGUGUUGUCGUUGUGUGCCAUCUGUCUGUCGUCUGAUGUGUGUCUGAGUGCUCCCGGGUCAAGCACUCUGCUGUAUUCGAUGUACCAAUCCGCCGCUGUGGUGACUAGUAACCGCGUUGAGUUGGCAAGAGGCAUGUCGAGGGGGUAGGACGUGUCGCUUUAGCAGCGCACGUUUGUUUUUUGGGGGGUUUCUGCCUCUGGCUCACUCUGUGACACGCAGGAAAGAUCUGUUCACCUCUGAGUCCUGGUAAAACACAUGAACUGUACCUGGACGUAUUAAAGCAAAGUGCAUCCACUUCACUGCCUGAAAAGCCCCCGAACAGCAAAGUGUUUUCUUUCAAACCUGCCAAACGUACCACAAAAAGCUCCUAGAAGAAUAGUUGCCAUUAUUAUUAUUUUUUUAUUAUUUGUUGACGUUUUUACGCGCCUUUUAAAUUUUCCUGUUUCUUUUUGUUUCUGACAGACUUAUCUAUAAUACUGCCGUUAUUUUCUUUUUUCCGUGACUGUCUGAGCUGAAUAUUGGAAAGCCAUAGGUUAGAGAUGUCAAAAUGCAAAACUGUUAUUGAUCUGUGCGAUGUGAUGCAGGGUACACCCAGGUGUUGUUUUCUUGUUUUCUUUUUUCUUCUUCUUUGGUUUUUUCUGUUUCAGUAAAUGUUCGGUUUUCUCCUUAUUGUGCAAAUCAUAUUGCCAAAGAAUGAUUUCAAGACCUAUUUCAUCACUACAUGUAAAUAUCAACGUUGUCCAAUACCGUGGCAAAAAUAUAUAAAUGUUGUUUUAUUUUGUUUUCCAUUUUCUGAGAAACUACAAUGAUGUUUAUGUGAUGUAUUGUCUUCCAGUUGGUUGCAAUAAUAAAAAAAAAAUACGAGUUGCAGAA